AUGACGCGGCUUUGCAUCUUGUUAUUUGUCUUUGCAUGUGUGACCAUAAGACCUGGUGUUGAAGGAAUUGGUGUGAACUAUGGUCUCCUGGGAAAUAAUCUACCACCACCAGCCCAAGUGAUCAAUCUCUUAAAGUCAAGAAACAUCCAAAAAAUACGAAUUUUCGAUCCCAAUCAAGAUGUCUUAACGGCAUUACAGGGUUCUGAUAUUUCUGUAAUUCUUGGUACCCGAAAUGAAGACCUGCAAUCACUUGCAAGUGAUCCAACUUUUGCAACAAAUUGGGUACAAAACAACGUAAUUCCACAUGCUUCGACUGUCAAAUUUACGUACAUUUCAGCAGGUAAUGAAGUCAUACCAGGACCAUUAGCAAACUUCGUACUAGAAGCUUUGCAAAAUCUCGAAUCUGCACUGAAAGCCAACAACCUUAACAUACCUGUUUCAACUACAGUCUCAUUAAAAGUGUUAGGAACCUCGUUUCCUCCUUCGAACGGAGCGUUCUCCGAUAGCGCCGUUCAAUUCCUGCAGCCCAUAGCACAAUUUUUAGCUACAAAACAAUAUCCACUAUUGGCUAAUGUGUAUCCUUAUUUUGCUUAUUCUGGAAAUCCUGCUCAAGUUCAAUUAGACUAUGCACUUCUCAAAGGCACGGGUCCAAUUGUAAGUGACGGUCAAUUCCAAUACAACAACCUGUUUGAUGCAAUGGUAGACUCUUUGUAUGUUGCAUUAGAGAAAGUUGGACAACCUGCGGCAGAAGUUGUGGUUACAGAGACAGGGUGGCCGAGUGCCGGUGAUGUGUUUGCAACUAUAGACAAUGCUCAAACCUAUGCAAACAAUUUGAUUGCACAUGUUUCUUCUGGACAAGGAACUCCUAGGAGGCCUGGCAAAAUUGUGGAGACAUACAUUUUUGCUCUGUUCAAUGAGAACCAAAAGCCCGCUGGUGUCGAGGAAAAUUUUGGUUUAUUCUACCCCGAUAUGACUGAGGUUUACCAUGUCAACCUUACGCCCUAG